AUGUCGAUGACAGGACACAAUAUACUCCUCAUCGACUCUUACGACUCUUUCACCCACAACCUUGCAGCUCUCUGCCAUCAAUCGAUUUCGAACUCCACCAUCUUCAUCAUCAAGAACGACGAGUACACCUUGCAUGAACUACGUCCCUUUCUCAAAUAUUUUUCAGUCAUUGUCGUCGGUCCAGGCCCGGGUUCUCCAGAUGUUAGCCAAGAUAUCGGUGUUGUCAAGGAUCUUUGGAAGCUCGAUGAAGAGGACCUUUUGCCCAUCUUCGGCGUCUGUCUGGGCCUUCAAAGCCUCUCCAUUGAAUUUGGUGCAACUCUGAAACGGCUUCGCGUCGUGAAACAUGGCCAAAUGUCGCAUGUAAACCACGUUGGCAUGGACCUGUUUACUGAGGUGCGGCCUUUCCAAGCGGUUCGAUACCAUUCUUUGCACGUUGAUCUCGCUGAAGAUGGCGAGGUCAAAGAGUUAGCGUGGGCAGACGACGAGGAAAACGGUCGAGUUGUGAUGGCAGUCAGGCAUAAUACUCGACCUUUCUGGGCAGUCCAAUACCAUCCCGAAUCAGUUUGCACGGAGGGUGGCGGAAUAGAAGUCGUUCGUAACUUUUGGAGGCUGGCUCAAACCUGGGCAAAAGAAACAGGCAGACAGGUACAUCCAUGUGACGACGCCCUUCAUUGCUGCAUCGGCACUCCUUGGCCUUACACAAACCCACACUCACCAGCACCUACCCCUUCACAACUUCCUACCGUGCUAACUUCCAAGCUCGAGCUUUCAGACCUAUCUGUAAUUGAUAUUUGCGAGGAAUUUGGGGCAUUUGAUGAGAGUUCCCGGUUUGCCCUCCUCGAUUCUGCCUCAAACCCAGGGAGAUUCGCUAUCAUCGCUUGCUUAGAGCCCACGUCGUUGCAAAUAACUCACAUGGUGGGCGAACCAGUUGUCCAAUUGAAGCGCGGCGAAAAUUGUACCUCUGAAGAACUCGGACACCACGAUAUCUGGUCAUGGCUUGCCAGCUUCAUGCGAUUCAGAAAAGCCAACGGAGGAGUCAACACGAUCCCCUUUUGGGGAGGCUUAGUAGGAUACAUGAGCUAUGAGCUUGGUGUUCAUUCCAUUCGCGUUCCCAUUCACCGGUCUGCCUCUGAAACGCAAACCAGACAUCCAGAUGUUAACCUCGUCUUCGUCGAACGAAGCAUCGUAUUAGAUACCCACGACAAAAAGAUUUUCGUCCAAUCUCUCAUUCCAAAGGAUGAAGAAUGGAUUGAAGAUGUAUGUGCACAGCUUUCACGCAUACCACGCCGCAACGAAAACACAUCCUCUGUUCCUUCCAUACCCUCCCCCGUUAUUACAAUCCCUGAUAGGGCUCGCUACGUCUCACGCAUUCAUCAGGCUAAGGAGCAUCUUUAUGCUGGGGACUCGUAUGAACUUUGCUUGACCGCACAAACGCGCAUCCUCAUUCCCCAGUCAUCUUCCCCUUCGCCCACAAAAUCUACUUCGUGGGAGCGUUAUAAGGGGUUGCGUCGAGCUAACCCCGCGCCUCAUUCUGCGUACUUACGCUUACACCCGUCGACAUUGCUCUCCUCUUCACCGGAACGAUUUUUGUCUUUCUCUCGUCCUCCAGGUUCAAUAUGUCAACUACGGCCUAUUAAAGGGACAGUUCGCAAAUCUUCAGGAAUUACUCGAGCUAUCGCGGAACAGGCCUUAGUCGGUAGCCCCAAGGAGGUUGCAGAAAACCUCAUGAUUGUUGACCUAAUUCGCCAUGAUCUUCACGGGGUUCUGGGCGAUGACGUUACUGUGAAACAGUUCUGCGGUGUGGAGGAGUAUGAGACAGUAUGGCAGCUGGUCAGCGUUAUUGAGGGCAAAUUGACUGAGGAGAACAGCUCAAACGACGAAGUUGGAUGGCAAGUGCUCAAGAGAAGUCUUCCUCCAGGGAGUAUGACAGGUGCCCCGAAGAAACGCAGUGUUGAAAUUCUUCAAACACUGGAGGAUCAAGAACGCGGAAUUUAUUCGGGCGUAUUUGGCUACUUUUGUGUGAGUGGCGGGGGAGAUUGGUCAGUCACCAUUCGUAGCUGCUUCAAGUAUGACGAUAUCUCGACGAAACGUCAAUCCGUGGACAGCGAGGAGUGGAUAGUUGGGGCUGGUGGUGCAAUCACGGCACUUUCAGAUGCUGAAGCAGAGUGGGAUGAGAUGAUUGUCAAACUAGAGAGUGUUCUGCGUGCUUUCGGAGCCUUGUCAUAG